AUGGAGUGCCUAUCCGUGCAGGAGGAGGGCAGGGUGCAGAGCAGCGUCUGCGGCCGCGCGGGCUGGGACUGCUCGGAUUCGCUGCUCUCCCCUCUGGGCAGCAGCCAGGGCUACCUGGUGGCAAGCAGGAGCGGGGUGAGCCUGGCCGACACCAGGGGCCCCAAGGCCCAGUGGCAAGGGGCUGCGGAGAGGAGCGUGUGCGAGGAGAAGGAAGCCAAGGCAGAGCGCAGCAGACGCGCCCCCGCUGCCCUCGCCAGCACACGCACGCGGGAGCCUCCCGCACGCAACGCUAGCGGGGUGCCGGGUCUGCCCCCAGGGCAGCUGGAGGAGCUGCUGUGGUUCUUCCGCACGGAAGACCCAUCCACGUGGAAUUACACCAUGCUGGCCCUCUCCUUCGUGGUCCUGGUCCUGGGUCUUUUCCUCCUGGCCAUCAACGUCAUGCGCAACAGGAAAAGGAAGAUGCAGGUGGAAUCGGAGCACACGGCGCAGCAGGCGGAGCUGGAGGCCAAGCAAGCCCUGGUGCCCGUGCAGGGUUUCGGCCACGCCGAUCCGCAGAGGCAGGAGCUGCUGCCCGAGGAGGAGAGGUCGGGAGAGGUGCAGGUUCAGUGGAAGGAUGGGACCGUCACCUCCCUGUACACAGAGAGGUCGGAGGAGACCUUGUAACGGCAG